AUCAACCGGAAGUAAAUGUGGGUGGUUCCGGUCAUGUCUUGUAAAACGCAGCCGCUGAAUAGCAUGAGCCCGCGCUAUUGCCUAAACUGAGACAAAAAUGUUCCAUUUUAUGCUGCUGUUUAGCCGUCAGGGCAAAAUCAGACUUCAAAAAUGGUACACAGCAACAUCGCAGAAGGACAAACGGAAGAUCACCCGAGAUUUGGUGACUUUAGUCCUAUCUAGAAAACCCAAAAUGUGCAGCUUUUUAGAAUAUAGGGAUAUUAAGAUCGUUUAUAAAAGAUAUGCAAGUUUGUACUUCUGCGUGGGCAUGGAAAAUGAUGACAAUGAGCUUGUUUCACUAGAAGUUAUACACAGAUAUGUAGAACUGCUAGAUAAAUAUUUUGGAAGUGUUUGUGAACUGGACAUCAUAUUCAACUUUGAAAAGGCUUAUUUUAUGUUAGAUGAGCUUCUCAUUGGUGGUGAGGUACAAGAAACGAGCAAAAAGAACGUCCUAAAAGCAAUAUCAGCACAGGAUUUGCUACAAGAGGAGGGAGAGAAACGCAGUGCAUUGGAGGAGUUGGGACUAUCCUGAUCAUAGUUUUCACUCUAGUUCAAUUCAGCUCUAUCUUUAUACAUCAUUCCUGCUUUUGUUCUUCAGGAGGGAGAAUUGCAGAAAACACUGGAAGAGAUGGGCCUUGCUUAGAAACCCUUUAUGACUCACUCUUUUCUUUACUUUCUUUUUCUUUUAUACUCUAUUCCUUCUUCUCUUUGAUAGCAAUUGGAACUACAGCAAACUCUAGAAGACUUGGGUCUCUCUUGAAGAUGGAUAGCAUGUUACUUUGGGAAUUAAUGGUUAACUCUGGGUCUGCAUAACUAAUCUUACUAAAAUUAAUGUUACUAGAUAUAGAUGUGAUAUAUGAUACAAACUAGUUGCUAUUGGCAUUACAUCAUCGACUCAGUGAGAAGCAGAGUCCUAGAGUGGAAAGAAAUCCUCUGCUUUCUGCUGGGAACAUGAUUUAGUUAUGAUUAUUCAGUAACUAUUGAAAUUAAUGGAGUAAAAGGGUUUAUUACAGCUGUUCAUACUGUAUGUGUAUAAAAUUCUUAAAACUUUUCAUUUGAUUAAAUAGAUUUAUUUCUGCAAUAUCAUUGAUAUUCCUCAUUUAGUGUUUUAAAAAUAGACCUUUUUUACUCCAAUUAUUUCUACAAAAAUUCAUGUUAAUGAUAGUACCAGUCCAAAUAAAACUUAGCAAAAAUAUUGUAUUCUAAAAAGGACAAGGACGUUAGUUAAAUCAAAUUUUAGUCCUUCCAGGCUGUAUCACUUGUAAAAGGUUGUAGUAAAUUGUACAUUUGAUAAUUUUGUCAA